AUGGCGGACGCCGAACUGGUCGUCCGAAGCGACGUUAAAUCAGCGAUGUGGAAUCCAGGGGCGUUGAAGAGUUUGCUGUCGUUUUUUAUCCUUGCUUUAACCUGGCUUGCAGGUUUUAGUGCUCGUCUCUUUGCUGUGAUUCGAUUUGAGAGUAUUAUUCAUGAAUUUGAUCCAUGGUUCAAUUAUCGAGCCACCCACUACAUGGUAGAAAAUGGGUUCUACAACUUCUUGAACUGGUUUGACGAUCGAGCAUGGUAUCCCCUUGGGAGGAUUGUGGGGGGCACGGUGUACCCGGGCCUGAUGGUGACUUCAGGCGCCAUACACUGGUUUCUCAAUUUGCUGCACAUCCCCAUACACAUCAGAGACAUAUGUGUGUUCUUGGCACCGGUGUUCAGUGGUAUGACUUCAAUGUCAGUGUACCUCUUCACCAAAGAGAUCUGGAGUCCUGGAGCAGGCUUGUUUGCUGCCUGCUUCAUUGCUAUUGUUCCCGGUUACAUCAGCAGGUCUGUAGCAGGAAGUUACGACAAUGAGGGCAUUGCUAUUUUUGCCCUCAUGUUCACAUAUUAUCUCUGGAUCAAGGCAGUCAAGACUGGUCAAGUAUUCUGGUCUGUUUGUGCAGCACUUUCUUAUUUUUAUAUGGUUUCUGCUUGGGGAGGCUAUGUGUUCAUUAUCAACCUGAUACCUUUGCAUGUGUUUGCAUUGCUGAUCAUGGGAAGGUACUCCCAGCGUAUUUACACAGCAUACACAUGUUUUUACAUAGUGGGGCUUAUUCUGUCCAUGCAAAUUCCAUUUGUGGGUUUCCAGCCUAUACGUACCAGUGAACAUAUGGCUGCAGCAGGUGUGUUUGCACUGUUGAACGCUUACGCUUUUCUCAAGUAUAUACAGAAUUUCUUGACAAAGGCAGAGUUUAGAUAUUUCUUCUUUGCUGCUGUAACUGCUGCUGCAGCCGUUGUCUUUGUUGCUGUGGUUGGACUGACAUGGGCAGGUUUCAUUGCCCCGUGGAGUGGCCGAUUCUACUCACUGUGGGAUACAGGCUACGCCAAGAUUCACAUCCCAAUCAUUGCCUCAGUGUCGGAGCAUCAGCCCACAACCUGGGUGUCGUUUUUCUUCGACCUUCACAUUCUGGUUUGUGCCUUCCCAGUCGGAGCGUGGUACUGCAUCAAACAAAUAAACGAUGAGCGUGUCUUUGUUGUGCUGUACGCCAUCUUUGCCAGCUACUUCGCUGGGGUCAUGGUGCGCCUGAUGCUGACCUUGACACCCGUCGUCUGCGUCCUAGCGGCAAUAGCUUUCUCCAAGACCUUUGAAGUGUACCUCAAGGAUGAUUCGCCCAAGCAGAACCAGAAGAGUGUGGAUGAGAAUUCUGAGAACAAGAAUGAUAGGCUUUAUGAUAAGGUUGGCAACAAGAAGAAGGUUCGAGAUGACAAGCCCAAAGACGAGGAAGGCCUGGGCAUCAAUGUCAAGAGCAUCAUUGUUGUGGCACUCAUCAUGAUGCUGAUGCUGUUUGCGGUCCACUGCACCUGGGUGACCAGCAGUGCCUACUCUAGUCCCAGCAUUGUGCUGGCCUCUUAUGGACAAGGCGGAAGCCGCACAAUUCUGGAUGAUUUCCGAGAAGCAUAUUACUGGCUGAGACAGAACACGGACGACAAGGCCCGGGUGAUGUCCUGGUGGGAUUACGGGUAUCAGAUAGCAGGCAUGGGGAAUCGGACCACGCUCGUGGAUAACAACACGUGGAAUAACAGCCAUAUAGCUUUGGUGGGAAAAGCCAUGUCGUCCAAUGAAAGUGCAGCAUAUGACAUCAUGAGGACACUGGAUGUCAACUAUGUGUUGGUGAUAUUUGGCGGCGUCAUUGGUUACUCUGGGGAUGACAUCAACAAGUUUCUGUGGAUGGUCAGAAUUGCCGAAGGGGAACAUCCCAAAGAUAUUCGGGAAGUGGAUUACUUCACUCCACAAGGAGAGUUCCGCGUAGAUGCAGCCGGCUCGAAGACGCUACUAAACUGUUUGAUGUACAAGCUGUCGUACUACAGGUUUGGCCAAAUGCAGCUGGACUUCCGAAGCCCACCUGGGUUUGAUCGCACCCGGGGUGUGGAGAUCGGCAACAAAAACUUUGAACUGACCCACUUAGAGGAAGCCUACACUACAGAACACUGGCUAGUGAGGGUAUACCGAGUGUUAGAUUUGGAGAACAGGUCAGAGGUGAAAACUCCACACAGGCCAGUCAAGAAAUCAAAACGGAAGCCAAAAAAG